CUCAGUAGCCGCUGCUGAGUGACCUAUACAGACACUGCUGUUGCCAUGGCAACGGCCGAUCUGUCUAAACCUCUGGACAUCCUCCGGUCUCUGUAUCAGCACGUGCUGACCCUGGAGGAGUUUGCUAGCAGCAUUGUGUUCAGAGAAGGAAAGAGAGCAGUUCUGGUUGAACAGACCGACACAAACCGCUUCAAGUCCUUCGUCCGGGAUGUUUUUGUCUGCUUUGACAAGGAGCUACAGCAGGUGCCGAGCUGCAACCAGAUCUGCACUCUACCUGAACUGCUGGCUUUUGUUCUUAAUAGGAUGAAAAGAAAAAGAAAAAGAAACAUCUUGGCACACGGCUACAAUUUUCAGUCCCUGGCUCAGGAGGAGAGGGAUGCCGACCAUUUCAAAUUCCAAGGAGAUAUAACUCAAAGUGCUGCCUACAUCCACGGCAGUGACCUGUGGAGGAAAGUCACAAUACGCCUCGGCACAGACAUCACCAGGUACCUGCUGGAGAGCUGCUCUGUGUAUGUGGCGGUCCCUCCUUCAUGUGUUUUCCAGGUCUGCGGUGCUCCUGUAUAUGACAGGGUGUCUAUGACUACUGCCUCCGCUGGGUUUUUUCUCCAGCCUCGGUCUAGGACGCAUAACAGCGCUCGAUCCAGAAGGAAUCGAGGUGAUGGGAACUUAAAAAGUGGACUGAAAGUUGAGAAUCCUACUGUUAGUAAGCUGAGGAACAGAAGGGAUGUGAGUGUGAAGAAGGGGAAAAGAAAGAGGGAAACUGAUAAGAAGAAUGAGGAGGAGAUUACGACUUGUUCAGCAAAGCGGAGACGGUUAGGACCGCAAGAGUCUACACAGGAAGAGCAUCAGGUUUGCUAUGAAACAGUGGAAGAAGGGCCCAUGUCUGUGGAAGCCACUCUAUCUAUAAGGCCUUUGGGAAAUGGCACUACUGGUUCCAAACAGUCUGUUGAAAUGCAAACAACCACAAUUCCCUUGGAGGGAGGACCCAGUUGGAGAUCAGGGAUUUUCCCCCCUUUGCCCCCCUCGCAAUGUUUUAUCCGCACACUGGGAUUUCUGUAUGGAGGAAGAGGCAUGCGUGGCUUUCUUCUCAACAGGAAGAGGAAGAGUUCUGGUGGAUGCAGAAGGCUACAAGGGCAAGAUUUGGUACGGAUGGUGUUCUUUGAGGGACUGGCAUAUCUAAACGGGCUGGAGAGGAAACCAAAGAAACUCCCUCGUCGCUUUUUUAACAUGCUCCCGUUUUUUAGUCGGCUGUUGCGUCAACACAGGAGAUGUCCCUACAGCAGAAUACUGCAAAGGAUGUGCCCGGUGGCUGAGGAAAGAGAUGUAGAACAAGGGGAGUUAAACUCCCUCUUGCCUCAACACUGUGCAUCUCACCGGGUCUACCUGUUCAUCAGGGAGUGCCUCUCCGCUGUGGUCCCUCAGGAGCUGUGGGGCUCUGACCACAACAGACUUACUUUCUUCGUCAGGGUCAGGGGCUUCUUGCAAAGUGGCAAGUUUGAGAGGCUCUCACUGGCUGAACUGAUGUGGAAGAUGAAAGUGAAUGACUGUGAUUGGCUGAAGCUCAGUAAAACAGGCAAGUUCCCACCCAGCGAGCUCUCAUACCGGACACAGAUCCUGGGUCAGUUCCUGGCUUGGCUCCUGGAUGGCUAUGUUGUCGGCCUGGUUCGAGCCUGUUUCUAUGUCACUGAAAGUUUUGGCCAGAAGAAUGCUGUCAGGUUCUACAGAGAGGAUGUGUGGGCAAAACUGCAGGACUUAGCCUUCAGAGGUCACCUGUCCAAGGGUCAGAUGGAGGAGUUGACUCCGACUCAGGUGGCUUCUCUCCCCAGAUCCACCGUCAUCUCCCGCCUUCGCUUCAUUCCCAAGACUGACGGCAUGAGGCCUAUCACACGGGUCAUUGGAGCAGACGCCAAAACAAGGCUCUUCCGAGGGCGUGUCCGGGACUUGCUGGACAUGCUGGGAGCCUGUGUCCACUCCACUCCGUCCCUCCUGGGCUCCACCGUGUGGGGGAUGUCAGAUAUUCACAAGGUGUUGAGCUCUCUAGCUCCGGCCCAGAAGGACCAGCCACAACCCCUCUACUUUGUGAAGGUGGAUGUGAGUGGAGCCUAUGAGAGUCUGCCUCAUGACAAACUGAUUGAAGUGAUUGGCCAGGCUCUGUCACCUGUACAGGAUGAACUCUUCACCAUACGCCGCUAUGCCAAGAUCUGGGCUGAUUCCCACGAAGGGCUGAAAAAGACCUUUGUUAGACAGGCAGAUUUCCUGGAGGAUAACAUGGGAUCCACCAACAUGAAAGGGUUUGUGACGUCACUGCAGAAAAAAGGAAAAGCUCAUCACGCCAUCCUGGUUGAGCAGUAUUUCUGCUCAGAUCUUCUCGGCAGGGAGGCGUUGCAGUUCUUCACCCAAAUGCUAACUGGCAGUGUUGUUCAGUACGGCAAGAAAACAUACCGUCAGUGCCGAGGGAUUCCUCAGGGCUCGGUGGUGUCCAGUCUGCUCUGCUGUCUCUGCUACGGUCACAUGGAGAACGUCCUGUUCAAAGACCUUAGUGAAAAGAAAGGAUGUUUGAUGAGGCUGGUGGAUGACUUCCUUCUGAUCACCUCAGACCUACACAGAGCACAAAGCUUUCUCAAGAUCUUGUUGCCCGGGGUGCCGCAGUACGGUCUGGUGGUCAACCCGCAGAAGGUGGUGGUCAACUUCCAGUUGCCAGGAGACAUGAGCUCAUGUUCAGGCAUCAAUGUGCUGCCUCCUCAUUGCCUCUUCCCCUGGUGCGGCCUGCUGCUGGACACACACACACUGGACGUCUACAAGGACUAUUCCAGCUAUGCAGGCCAGUCUUUACGCUUCAGCCUUACUUUGGGCUCGUUCCACUCAGCUGGACAGCAAAUGAGGAGGAAACUGAUGGCUGUCCUCAGACUCAAGUGCCAUGCCUUGUUCUUGGACCUGAAGACUAAUUCUGUUGAGGCGGUCUACAAGAACAUCUACAAGCUGGUGCUUCUUCAUGCCUGCAGGUUCCAUGUUUGUUCCCAGAGCUUGCCCUUUGGUCAGACGGUUGCCAAGAACCCCGUCUACUUCCUGCAGAUGAUAUGGGAUAUGGCUGGAUACACAAAUCAGCUCAUCAGGCUCAGCAACAGAGGACUGAUUCUAGGCAGUAAGACCCAGACUGGUGUUGUGCAGUAUGAAGCAGUGGAGUUGAUUUUCUGUCUUUCCUUCUUGCUGGUGCUGUCUCAACACCGUCCUCUCUACAAGGAGCUGCUCCCACACCUGCACAAACGGAAGCGCAGUCUAGAGCGGCGUCUGGGGGACCUGAGGCUGGCCAGGGUCCGACAGGCUGCUAACCCCAGGAUCCCACUCGACUUCUUGGCCAUCCAGAUUUAAACCAACUCAAAGGUUCAGAUGAUGGGAAGAAUAUUUUUUUUCCUUCCCAGUUUAAUGAUCCUAGUAGUACCUUUACACAGUGUCGGAAAAGAGGAUUAGAGGGUGAGGGAAAAAACCCAGGCCAUAGUCAUCUGAUACAGAGCACUAGGGUGAUAAACGAAGGCCAUAAACACGCCCUAAACAGCAACAACCACCAGAUCAAUAAAGAUGGAUAAUUGGAAAAUCAGCCAGAUACAGCACUAGACUCCGCCUCUUCCCACGUCUGUUUGUCUCUCUGGACUUUGAUUUACACUUUGUGGUAGUUUUCCACAAAGAAGACAUGACGUCACUUGGAAGACCAUUUUUAUGAACAUAAGGUCACAGAAAUAUUAUCAGUUUAUCACAUGAAUAGGCCAAAUAACAGCUGGAAGCUGCAAUAAUAUGUUGUAACACGGCUGUUUGUUUUAUUAUCAUUUGUUAGAUUGAAUGUUAUUUCAUCAUGCACAUUACACAGUAACGUACGAAGGAAAGACUUUAACUGUUAGAUAAAUCCAGCCUUGUUCCUUAGGAAACACAUGAGAGUCGUCAGGUCAUAUCCUAAUAAAUUCUGUUAAAUAUAAACAUAGAAAUCAAUAGCAAAGUGCAUUACAGUUCAGCAUGAGUGAUUUUAUGUCAACAGUCCCAUUGAUUAAGAUGAGAAGUCCACAGAAGCAGUCUCACAGUCUGGAUGAUGUCCUUUUUCUGACAGCAACAAAUCAAAUCAAAUCAACUUUAUUUAUUUAUAUUUUUUAACCCAUUGACGCCUAAAACUGCCUGUAAAACCUCUGGUCGAUUUUAAAAUAAGCCCCUAAAACCUGAAGUUUUUCUGGAAAUUCAACAGAAGUGUCAACGCUUCUACUAAAUAAUAGAUUUUUCAGCCUCUGUAGCAGAUAGAAAUGAAAUUCAACAAGUAUUUGAGAGCUUAACUCAGUGUUAGCUGAUACAAAGUGCUGUACAUGUUAGGAUAGACCAACAAUAAAAACAAAGAACAAGCAAAAACAACUAAAACAAAGUGAGUCUCAUGCUGGGUAAAACAAAAAAAACGGUAAAUAAAAGUUCUUCAUUCUUAAGCUUUCUGGUUCUUUUAUUCCUGUGUUUCAACCUCAAAGCCAAAUCUGC